CGCGAGCCUCCGUGAAGAGAGCAUCAUAUGGCGUAGCAUUUCUUACUAUUUUGUGGCUGCGAGGUUCAAGUUGCAAAGCAGUUUUCGCCGGUGUUUAAUCUAGACUGUUCAUGAAUUUCGUCCAUCGAACAAAUGAGAGAUGCUUGUCUUUGCAUAUCUUGUCUUCAGGAGAGAUGCUUGUCUCUUACGGAUGUGAAAGGUUCGGGGAAGAAGGCGAUGUUGUAUUUGGGAAAACCUCCAAAAUUAUUGACAUGUUUCAUAUGUGGAGCUCUGGUGAGAGACGUACAGUUAUUUUUUUGGGGAGACAGUGAGUACUUAGUGCGAUUAGAAAGUAAACACUUGUAAAGACUUUAAGCAGAAUAUAGUGUAUCAGAAAAUAUGUAAAGUUUACGCAAUUAAGAAUAUGCCAUGAAACCAUUCAGAAUAUAUUGUGGACACGUUUUCAGACGAAACCCAUUUUGACUUGCACAAAUGGAUAUCAUAACUGAACCACUCAAGGGGGAAGUCGAUCAGGACGAAAAAAUUCUGGAUGGAAAUUUCUCUCACCCAAAUAUACAGAAGGACCAGAAAUUAAAAGAUAUGUUUCCAAUAGAAGAACCUAAAAUCCAAAACUGGCCAGUUCAUGAAGCUGUAGAUGUUGGUGACUAUAUCCUUGCUCAGACAUAUGACCUUGAGCAUUUAGGUGAGGUAGUUGAAUUUCAAAUUGCCAGAGGUUAUGCAGAGACAAGAAAAGAAAGUACUGAAUUGCCUUGUGUAUCUAGCAGAGGGAUGAAAAUACACGACAGAAGAUUAUGCCCUAAGAUCAAGAUAAACAGUAAUAGUGAACCUCCCCAUGAAAGGCUUUAUACACAGAGUAGCCAGGAAAGCACUAGUUUAUCAGUGUCUAGAGCAUCUGGCAGUUUGAAUUCACCCAGAUUACCAAUGGACCUGAAGAGAAAAUCAGAAAAGCCAAAAAGCAAAUCAGUAUCCAACCGUUCACGAAGAAAUGGAGGUCCUAGAAAAACACGUAAACCGAUAAAAUCCAGUGGGCAUUACCUAGUAGUCUGUCAUGCAAUUGAGGAGUGUCCAAUGUGUUACACUGAACUAUGCCCUUCAAGAUUCACUUUAAAUGUCAAAACCUUCCUCCUUUCUACAAAUUGUAUUGGAUGUAAAUUGGAUAUUUACAUAAAGAUUGAUCAUUCUGAUGGCGCUCACUCUGUUUCUAUUUUGGAGAAACAGAGUUUCUAAGAAGCAGAAAGGUUUGAAGCAAAAAUGUGGACCACAGAGCUUGGUAAUAAAAGCAAGGAUGAGAAGCUUCUUUAAGAAAUGAUGAUAAUUGUCACAAUAAUUUUUAGUGGCAUUUCAUGUUAUCUGCUUUAUAAGCAAAAUAAGUCUAUGCAUCCACACCUCUUUCUAUGAUAGUCUGUUGUAUUAAUAAAAUUGUGAAACUGA